GAGCAUGCGCUUUGCCGCCUGCGCUGUCGCUUUGCUUUGGCAUUGACUGAGGCGGCGGCGGCGCGCGGGCGCUCGCCAUGGAGUCCUACGAUGUGAUCGCGAACCAGCCGGUGGUGAUUGAUAACGUGAGUCCGGCCCUGACUGGGCCCCUCUGUGCUGUGGCCCUCUGAGGAGGUGGGGGCGGGGAAGUUAUGCCGCGAUGCCUGUGGGCUGCCGGGGCCUUGGACUCUCCCCUGGAAACCCUUCGGCGCCCCUCCUCUUCCCAGGAGGCUCCCCUUCCUUUUCAUCCGGUUCUUCGUGCACCAUCACCUGCUUCCCGAAGCUGGUCCUUCUUGUCUCCCUUUCAAUGACCCAGCCCGGGUUCCCAUUGGCUGCUUCCUCUGCCAGUCAGUCGCUGGGCGGUGCAUUGCGAAGAACAACAGAGCCUUAAUUAAGGGGUAGUUCACGCCCUUGGGCUUCUUCGUCCUCUGAUUGGCUCCUUACGUGGCUACUCGCUUGGGUUUAUCCACUUAAGCCUUCAGGACCCCAGCUUGUCCCGCCUUUUUGAAGUCCAUUGGCUAUUAUUGGAGAUUAGACUGUACUAGUUGGUCUUCUUGACCCUUAAAUUUCGCCUGGUUUGUUAUGAUUGGUUAGUGGUGGAGAAACGAGUACUGUAUGUGGUCUGGUGAUGUUCUUAAGAGUGUAGUCUCCUGUGAGGCCUUGGUUGUGUGCCCUGCUUUCCUCUGGAAGCUAAUUUCUAUUCUCCCAGCAGGCAUUUCUGCAGGUGGAAACCAGUGUUAGAUGCUGCCUCUAGUUCCAACAUAAUAUGUUCUGUAUUAAGAACAGUGCUUCCCAAAAUGCCUUGAAAAACCACCGGUUACAUAUUCCCUCAACACCUUUCUCAUGGGCCUUUAUUCAAACAAUAACUCUAAAGGUCUGGCAGGGGUGAUAAAACAGGCUGACUCUUCAGCAAAGGGUUUGUUUUUUUUACUCUCAAGUGGUGGGUAAAUUUUAUGACAUAAUAAAAUACCAAAAUGAGUAAUAUUCCCUUUAUUCUCCUUAAUCACGCUGCCUCUGCUGACCUUUACGCUUCUCAUUUAGAAGCAUGAGCUUGUAUCACCCACCCACACACCCAGAGAGGCUUCAGUGCUUUUUCUUCAUUCUGUUUGGCCUUGGGCAGUACAGUGAAUUUUUCUGCACUUUCAUUGCCUGUUUGCUAGUAUGAGGGUUUAAUCUGUCAAUUUAAAUAUGUAUAUAAAGCUUCCUCUGAAAUCUCUGGAAAUGGAAUCCUUUCUUACUAAUGUUCUGCAUUAAUGGACUUUGUAGAGGUGUGUGCUAGGUAGCUUGUUAAAACUGACAUUAUUUCUCUCCUGUAUCCAGUGUCUCCUAAAUAUUUAAAUAGCUAAUAGAUGAGGGCAUCAUCAGAAAGCACAUGACACAGCAACUUUGCUGAAGCUAAGCACGUGUAGUCUUAGUCAGUGCCUGGAUGGAGAUUUUUGGGGUACUUUACACAUACCACCUCAGGGGCAGAGAGUGUGAUAUAUUAAAUAAAAGAUCAUUUGGCUUGUAAGCUUAGUAUUUUCCCCAGAUCCCCCCUCAAAAAAAACACCACUACCAUGCUGAGGAAUCUCUUAAGGAUACUGUGCUGCUAAUGCUAUUGAGGGACAGAAGAGAAGUAAAUUAAAACUGUUCAGAAAUCAGGAAAUUUAAUCUAUGGAAGGUUUAGGGAUGGAAGAGGAUUUUUGUUCACUCCACCAAAACCUUCCCACCCAUUUGAUGGAUCAUGAUCAUAACAGAGACAUGUGGAUUAGUUUGCAAGGAUAAUUUACUCCAAUUUAAAUUAAAAAUAACAAUAGGAUGGUCCAAGGGCUUCUCUGGCUCUUUUCUUUUUUGACCAUUGGAGCAAGUAGAAAUGGUUUUUUAAAAGUAAAUAAGCAAGGGAUACCUUCAGACUACCUUGUAACUGCCCCAUAGUGCAGAUUUAUUUAGGAUUUUGCCUUAAAAAUUGAAUGGAUCUAGGACAGAACGGAUGUACUGGUCUACUUGCAUGCAAGAAACAUGAACUGAAUUAAGACCGUUCUGUACAUUUCUCUGGAAUGAGGAAUCUCUGGUCUUCCCACUGUUCCUGGACUCCAAUUCCCAUCAGUCCCAGCCAGCAUAUCCAGUGGUUAGGGAGGAUGGGAGUUGUAAUUGGGCAACAUCUGGAGAGCCACUGGUUCUGCAUCUCUGAUCUACAUUUUCUGAAGUGCUUUGCAUGCUGUUUUUCCAAGGGGCUUGCAAAAGCAGAUGUUGCCCAGAUACGUGCAAUAAUUGUGUAUUCUGUUAAGUUACUAGGACAUAGGAUCUUUGGCUUCAGUGUAUAAGUCAUACAUCUGGUUUUAUCCGCUGUAUUAUUUCUGUUUCUUGAAUGCACUCUGCAACUUGACUGGACUGGAUGAGAAGAUUGGAAAUAGGAUUUGCUCCCUCUGGUGGUCACUUACAACAUGGACAUUCCAAACACAUUUACAGUACUAUCAUGGAAUUUCUGGGGUGUUUUGCCAUUGUUUGCACAGAUUGGGAUGGUUACAGAUAAAUCACUUGUGCUACAUUUAGGCUGAUGCACUGUUCGGUUUAUUUUUACCAGAAAUAUUACAGGAACUGAAGCACCUUACAAUAAUGGUCUGUUUUUCUAUAAUUGUCUUCAAUUCUUUUCUGCUCCACAGGGCUCUGGCAUGAUUAAAGCUGGCUUUGCAGGUGAUCAGAUACCCAAGUACUGCUUUCCAAACUAGUAAGUAGCUUGGUGCACAAUUCUGGAUUAUAUUAUGGAGGCUCCAUGAAUUCCAUAUCAAGUGCAGUGCCUAUUGUGGAGAAGAGUAGGUCUUGGGUUCUGUGCUGGCUCUGGAACUUGAAACAAGCUUCUCAGAUCUGCCCUGACUGGCCUAAUACAGGGGUGUGGUGGAGCAGAAUUCCUUAAUACUAAGGGCUUUGAGAUUCUCUGUAAUAGCUGCUUGUGGGUUUUGUAUCCUUGGGUAUUCUUUUCAAUUACAAACCGACCCUAAGUCCUCAACUCAUUACUAUAUUAUUUCUGUACUGAGAUUUGCAUAUGGCACAUCUCCCAAGGCUGUUCAAGUACUACUUCUUAAUCAGUGGUUCUAGGAUGAUCUCUCAGCAGUAAACUGAGGAACAAUUUGUACUGUUCAAUCUAUUCUUUGUGUUGUGAGAUUAUUUUUUCCACUAUGUCUUACAGCGUGGGCAGACCAAAGCAUGUUCGGGUUAUGGCUGGAGCUUUGGAAGGUGACAUUUUCAUUGGACCAAAAGCAGAGGUAAGGCAGCUGUAUUGUGCUCCUCUGUCCUUGGGUAAGGCACCUGAAAGGGAAAACCUGUCCCCUUUCUUUGGUUCAAGCUUACCAUCACUUGCCAGUCAUAUGGUUCUUCUGAUAACAAGUUCAGGAUUGGGACAUUUUGCCCAGAAUACCAGGUCACAUUAGAAAUAUCUUGGAGUCUGAAGGCCUUUAGUAUAUCUGAAUGCCUUGUUUAUGCAUAUCAGAGCUUGCAUAACAUGUGCACAUGUUUGCUAAGCAGUAAGGCACCUCUGAUGUGUAUCAUGCAUCAUUUCUGUUGCCAGUAUAAUUUACAAUUCAGGCCCAGUAGCUGCUGUGGACUGGGGAACCUGUGGCCCUCUGGAUGUUGUUUGACUACAACUCCAGCCAUCCCUGACCAUUGCUUAUGCUGGCUGGGGCUGAUGAGAAAUGGAGUCCAAUACAGUGGUACCUCUGGUUACGUACUUAAUUCGUUCCGGAGGUCCGUUCUUAACCUGAAACUGUUCUUAACUUGAAGCACCACUUUAACUAAUGGGGCCUCCUGCUGCUGCCAUGCCGCUGCUGCGCGAUUUCUGUUCUCAUCCUGAAGCAAAAUUCUUAACCCGAGGUAAUAUUUCUGGGUUAGCGGAGUCUGUAACCUGAAGCAUAUGUAACCCGAGGUACCACUGUAACAUCUAGAGGGCCUCAGCUCCCUGAGUUCUGGGUAGGGUUUGGGAAAUGGUUGUUAAGUCAGUCCAGAUAACAGUUUGUGUUAAGAUUAAUCACUGAAUAUCUCUGCUUGCCAAAGUCCAGACCUGAUCAAAUCAGUGAAAAGUGAAUGCACUAAUGGAGAAGAGCUGAUUUCAGGACAAAGUUCCUGAUCAGUCUAGCAUGUGCCCUGUCACCAUCUGACUCUUGCAUGGUCCCUGAUUUUGAACCGUGAACAUUCAGAAUGAAGGAAGGACAAUGGCUACAGUAGCCAUCUUCAUAUUUGUCUCCUUGUUUCUAAAUAGAAGAAUAGAGAUUCUCAUUAACAUUGCUUCCAUACUGUCAAUAACAUAUUCCCUCCUGCACAAGAGGCAUGUAUUAUUAUUAUUAUUACUAUUAUUAUUAUUUAAAUGGUGCUGCUCAGUGGGGUUCCUGGAAAGUAGCUCCAUUAAGAAAUGAGCUACAAAGCCUCCAUGAUGGACACAGCGGGUGAUUCUUCUGGCCUUCCCUCUGAUUGACUAAGUGCUUUGUUUUGUUUUUUGCUUUUGCUUUGCCCAGGAGCACAGAGGCCUUCUUUCCAUCCGCUACCCUAUGGAGCACGGCAUAGUGAAGGACUGGAAUGACAUGGAGCGCAUUUGGCAAUACGUGUACUCAAAAGACCAGCUCCAGACCUUCUCUGAAGAGGUGAGCUAACUCUAUAUCCACAAGUCCCAAGUGGCCAAACAAAGAGAGCCUCCCAUAUUUGGUUUGGUAGAAGGGCUUUGCACCCUUACUGCUUUCUGUACUUGCAUUUUCCAUUCUUUAUCAUCUAUCCACAUCAUAACUAUCCUGCAUACAGCUCCCUGUAUUCACUAACUCAAGUAUUUACUGGUAAAUAUAUAUAUAUAUAUAGGGGAUGUCAAGUUUACAGGGCUUUAAGAUAUGUUUGAUGUAAUGUGAUUUCACUGAAUUCUUAAAAAUAGCUUUGUAAGCUAUUGGAUGUUGGAUGAAUGGGUAGUAAAUAACCACAGAAAAGAAUUAAAACGAAAUAAGGCAAAGUUCAUUGAAUCAAAACUUAAUGGAGAAGAGCAUUUGCCUGGCCAUUUGCUUCAACUUGGGUUGUUUUUCCUAGUGCCCGCUCUGCAUUUCAAACGUUUUUGCUUGACUGUUAGUCCCCUUUCACACGAAGCACUCUGGAGCAUGUUGCAAGGGGAGGGGCAAACACCUCUAGAAUGACAACUUUUUCAAGAUCAUUGUGAACCUGGCUAAAUUUCCCUUCUUUCAACCUAUUGCAACUGGUGACAAAUUCUUCCACUGCCGAAUAAAGUCUUGGGGUUGCCUUUUCAUUGCUUUGGGAGACCUGGAAACAUCCAUAUGAUCACUGGCGGAGCCCUACCCAACCACGUCUUUUGUGUCCCCAACCACCAGCAUCCUGUACUCCUGACAGAGGCUCCCCUGAACCCACGCAAGAACCGUGAAAGAGCAGCUGAAGUUUUCUUUGAAACCUUUAAUGUGCCAGCCCUGUUCAUCUCCAUGCAAGCUGUGCUUAGCCUGUAAGUACUUUACCCCCACCCCUUUUGCUUUCUUGGAGCUCUCUUUCAUGGAAGAGAGGGCUAUUAAUGGCUACUAGCCAGGAUGGCUAUGCUCCACCUCUUUUGUUCAUGCUCUGUUCCCUGGUUUCCCACAGGAAUCUGGUUGGCCACUGCGAUUAUAGGAUGCUGGAUGGGCCAUUGGCCUGAUCCAGAAGGCUAUUCUUACGUUCUUUGGAGGAGAAACAAUUUUUUUUGCAAUGCAAAACAAGGGUUUGCAUGGGGUCUGUUUUCCCUUAAGAAAGCGGGCUGGCCGGGGUGACUAGCUUGUGUAAUCUCGUGCAUUUUUACUCAUCAGUGGGCCGCAUUGUGUUGAGAAGGGCUUACUCUCAGCUAAGUGUGCACAGGAUUGCAUCCUGGAUCUUGUCAAAGAUUACAUCUUGAGAAAUGCUGGCUUCUUGACUAAAUGAAUGUUCAGGUGUCUGUUUGUGUUAGAAUUUAUCACCAUUGUUUGUAGAGUUCCUUCCAGUUAUUUCUGUGUUAAUUCUAGUUUUGUUCUCCAGCCUAUCACUUUUUCAGAGCGUAGCUGUAUAGUAUAAACUUUCUCCCUUUGUUGUCUGAGCCAAUGAAGUAUCACCAUCAGUGUGUUUUUGUUUCUAAAGAUACCUCCUUAGUUCUAGAGAAAUCAGAAUAAAUUAAGUAACGAUUAUCUUAAGAAAUGGUGUUGGGGAGCCCCAUUAGUUAAUGUUGACUUCCGUAAAUUCUGUUUUGUGUGUGUGUUCUGAAACAUAUUUCCUUUCUGCAGUUAUGCGACAGGGCGAACUACGGGAGUGGUGUUGGACUCUGGGGAUGGGGUCACCCACGCGGUUCCUAUUUAUGAAGGCUUUGCCAUGCCCCAUUCCAUUAUGCGGAUUGACAUAGCCGGCCGUGAUGUCUCUCGUUUCCUUCGCCUUUAUCUCCGGAAGGAAGGCUACGACUUCCACACGUCAUCUGAAUUUGAAAUCGUCAAAACCAUCAAAGAGGUACCUGGGUGCCCUUAGUCUUCUGUGGGAACUGAGUGCUGUAGAAUGGGAUGGAGUGCCACACCUGGUGUAUCUCACCGUAUCUGGCAGGGUCUGUGUUGAGAUUUCAGGAAGGCUUGGGAAGAGAGGGCUGCUGCAGUUGCAGAUGCCUCCUGAAGCUGAACUUUGAGCUCCAGUGCUGAACUGCAUUUUCCCUGCUCUUCAACGGCACCUUCCCUUAGCGCUAGGUCCAUCUCUCAGACAGAAAGGGAAGACCAAUCUGUGUUCAGAAAAAUGACAUGAUACAUCCCUUCUGGGGCUAUCUCUCUUCAGAACAUAGGUGUGAGAUAACAAGUCCGAACGCUCCUUCAUGCCAGAAACUUUCUACAAACUAGCACAUCCAAAAAAAUGAACAUAAUCCUUCUUGCUAGCUUUCAAUGGUCAGAGAAGUCUUUUUAAAACCUACAAAAGGGGGGAAGCUUUCAAACAUGACUUCUCCCUGCCACCACUUUCUGAAGUGGUAGUUUUAGGAAGACUUCCAAACAUGCCCAUGUGCUGACACAUAUACAUAGUGCAAACCCUCUCAUAGUAGAUAUCAUUGAGAACAGUGUGUCCUAUGCUUGGCAUAUUGUGGGAAACCUCUGGUUAGCAAUCUCAUGUACAGAGUGCUAUUGUGUCUGGGCCAAGAGUAAUGUGAGUAUUCUCACCAGUGUUUGUAUCUAGUGUGUCUUUUAAAAGAAUGUGCUUGACUGACCACCACACUCUGCUUGUCUUUCUUCCACAGCGGGCCUGUUACCUGUCAAUAAACCCACAGAAGGAUGAGACAUUAGAAACUGAGAAAGCUCAGUACUACCUUCCUGAUGGAAGCACCAUUGAGGUUUGUGUAGAGGCGGCCCUGUUGGAAGUCAGAUGCUGCUAAAUAAGCCUCAGUUAUUAUUCUACAGAUCAACAGACUGGUUAGGAAUUGUGGCUGUUAUCUGCCUUUAGGCCUGUGGUGUUCAACAUAGGAAGUAAGUCUUCCUGCAAAAAUUUCUAGAGGAAGAAAAAGCUCCAGCCCAAGUGUUUCAAGUGUUAUAAUUGGACCCUGAGGCAGAGUAUAUCGGUGUGUCUAGUUUUCUUGCCUUUGGUGGCUUUGUUCCUCCUCAUUUGCUGUGUCAGCGGACACUGGUGAGGCUUAAUGAAUCCCCCUGGCUAAUUGCGGAGAAGUUCCUUCUGUGGCGCAACGGCUCAGUGCAUCUCACGGUUAAUCAGAAGGUUGGUGGUUCGAACUCACCCAGGGACAACUGUGGGUGGGCAGGAUUCCUGCAUUGUAGGGGUUUGGACUUGAUGACCCUCAAAGUCCCUUGCAGCUCUAUGAUUCUAUGAUUGUUAACAUGGAGUUCAGGUGUGGUCUAUUCUAAAACUCAACAAAGGUGUCUAUAUAUAGUCUGUUAAGUUUCCUUCUUGUUGUUUUCCUAGGCAUCAUAUCUGAAAGAAUCUACUUUGCUAGCUGGGUCACUGUUGUUUUUUAUUAAACUUGGAAAAAAGCUUGUUUCUUAACUUGAUGGAAUCUAAUAUGACAAUGAGACUUGGCUUUGAUAACAGACUCUUCCUCCAAUAUAUUUGUUUUUUAAAGUUGAUAGACCAGCCCUGCAAACAAGCUACUAGUCAGUAACAAUUUUUACCAGCUCACUUCCCUACAAAUAUGUAAUUGGUGGUGCCAUCUCGAUAGGAAUGUUUUCUUCACUGGGAGAGCUUCCUUGAGUUUGUCUACUCAAAAAGGCUCAGGUAUAUGACCUUUGCCUCUGAGCUUCUACAUGUAUAUCACUUCAGGCAGAGGGCCUUCUCCAUGGUGGCGCCCGCCUAGCUGACUUUUAGAAGACAUCUGAAGGCAGUUUUUAAUGUUUAAUGUUUUGUUGCUUUAUUAUGAUUAUUAAUAUUCUGUUGGGAGCCGCCCGAAGUGGGAGGGGAAACCCAGCCAGAUGGGCGGGGUAUGAAUAAUAAUAAUAAUUAUUAUUAUUAUUAUUAUUAUUAUUCCUCACUAUCAGCACAUAAAGACUGCUUAUAUAGGAACAAGAAGGCCCACUCUCUCUUUUGUGCUGUUUGCAGAUUGGCCCUGCCCGAUUCCGAGCCCCUGAGUUGUUGUUCCGGCCAGAUCUGAUUGGGGAGGAGUGCGAGGGGCUGCACGAAGUCCUGGUUUUUGCCAUUCAGAAGUCGGAUAUGGACUUGAGGCGGACACUCUUCUCCAACAUUGUCCUCUCUGGAGGCUCAACACUCUUCAAAGGUUCUUUCUGUUGGUUCUUUGCCUUUGGGGACAUGCUCGGCGUUCGGAGCUUAACUUGAGACUCCUUUCCAUCCCUUCUUCCUUGAAGCUACCAAGGUUUACAUUAGCUUCCCAGGAGUGAGGAUGGGCAGAAGGAACUCCUUAUGGUUCCUUUCCCUGGGGGAAAGGAGAGUUCCAGAAAGAUGCUGGUUUCAACCCAGUUGGAGGAGAAAGGCUGGAUAUCUGAGGAAAUAGUGUCAAUGGCUUCCCCUCAUGUCUUCUAUAUAAUACCAAAGGGACAUCAUUAUUCUGCCCUGCUUGGAUGGUUUCCUUCCUUCCAUUGCAUCAUUUACCUGAGAUUUGUGGCCUUGCCAUAUAGUACACAAUCCCCCACUUUCUGGUUCUCUUUCCAGGUCAGUGUUUCUGUAGACCUGGAAGCCUGAAGUAUGCCUCAACUUGUUAAAUAUUUUCUUUAGUGAGGAGUUUGGGCAAGAGAUGGAGCACAGCACCAUCCAUAGUGGAGGCUGCAGGCUCCUUGUCAUUACCAACUGGGUGGGAGGCAGGGAGAGAAGUGAAAAGAGGGGGAGAUGCCUCCACCACUACCAAGUCCCUAAAUCAAGCCCUUUGGGGGUGCAGGGCCUCCAUCAAUUGUGGGGGAAAGAAGCCAGAAUCUUAACCAGCUGCCUUGAAACUGAAGUUGACUUUUGUCUUUGGUUCAGGUUUUGGCGAUAGGCUUCUGAGCGAAGUGAAGAAACUGGCCCCCAAGGAUGUCAAAAUCAGGGUAGGAGUUUUCUCUAGGCUCUUGCCACUCUGAGGGUAACCCAUGGUAUUCUCAGCAGAACUGGGUCUCUGUGGAAGAUGGGAUUUGAUCAUCUCUAUCUAGUGAGUGCAUUAGUUGUUCAAUGUGAGCAGUUCCUCUGUUAAUGGCCGUCUGCAGGGUCCUCUUCUCACGCUUGUCUUUCCGCACAGCCCAUUUGCAGCAAUGUGAGCAGUGGUAUGGAGAGAACAUUGGAAUCACUUCUCUGUGCUUUUAACUCAAAGAUAGCCAGACACUUCCAAAAGCACUCAUUCCAGAGGUUUAGCUGUCCAUUGCAACAAAACUGGCAGUCGCCUGAUACCUGAAAGACCAGCGUAUUUAUUGUGGCAAGCUUUUGGGAGCCAAAGUCCCUUUUGACAUAUGCAAAAUAUCAUGGCUUCUGCAGUCAAAAUGCAACCCAGAAAGGCUGCAGAGAGGCUCUCUACCCUAGACUGCAGACCAGUUGGAUGGAGCAUAGCUGGGACUGAUGGGAAGUGAUGGCAAUAAUAUGCUAGGGAGGAACGUGGUGAGCUUAGAUUGUGGAGAAUACUGGUUCCAACUAAAUCCACCUUUCUUUUAUUUCUCAGAUAUCUGCUCCUCAAGAGAGAUUAUAUUCCACAUGGAUUGGGUACGUACAGCAUCACUCCACUUGCUGCGCUAUGAAAGCUCUCACUAAUUCAGGUGGAGGAGGAAGUGACUUCCAGCCAGUGCAAAGGGAGAAUCUGGCCUGUAGUCAUAUCCAGUGUAGUGUGGAUGAUUACAUUUUUAAUAUUUAUUGAAUGCCUUCACAGUAAGGUUCCAGGGUGGGUUACCAUAAUGGAAAGAGACAAAAUUAAAACCAGUUAAAAGUAAUUUCCAUUAGCUACCGCUAAUUACUGUAGUUGUAGAGUGAUGUGGUGGCUGCUUUGGAGGAGGGUGAAACUGCACCACAACUUGAGGAUGCUGCAGAGAAGAGGAGAGAUACCCUAGCAGGGCAGUCUGUGUGUUCUCCUAACAGGGAUGGGGCAGGUUGCUGUUGCUGCUGUAGCAGCACAGCAUUCUUUAUCGUGUCUGCCUUUGGGGAAUCAUUUCCAAUUUCUUUGUCUUUUGAUGAACUCCCACAUAUCUUCUGUAACAAGAUUUUGGGGCAUGUUGUGGGGUGGCGAGUUGAUUCGCCCAGAGCCCAGGAAUCCAUGAUGGCCUCAAGAACUGAAUGCCACCUGGAAUGUCCCCUCAUGUGUGCAUGAUAUGAAAAGAUGUAGGAGGGCCACCUCUUCUGGCAUUAGUGUUGAGAAACCUCCAAAAAAAAACCCUGUCAGUUCUCCAGAGGACAGUUUGAAUACUACUAACUGUAGGAGAAAGGGAAAAUAGCCACAUGGCCAGCCGAGGCCUAGCUGACUUCCUUGUCUGGUCUUCCCACAGAGGCUCCAUCUUGGCUUCACUGGACACAUUUAAGAAAAUGUGGGUUUCGAAGAAAGAAUACGAGGAAGAUAGUUCCCGGGCAAUCCAUCGAAAAACCUUCUAGCCUGGCAGCAUUCUGGGGUCUCCUUGGAGCGUCGUUCCUGUUCUCGGCUCACUUUCCUGAGUCAGUGUCUGAGGAGCUCCCAACUGGUGUGUAUGUGUAUGGGUAGAUGAGUGCCAGCAUGCCCUGGACUUUCCCGAGGGAAGGGAAGGCUGGGGUUUCGGCUUGACUUUUGAUUGGUUUUGCAGGUGGCAAGUGAGAAAUUGGAAUGAACCUGUGGGCAAGCUCUGUUCCCUUUUCAGCUGGCCCACAGACUUUGUUUUGGGGGUGGGGAGGGGAGUACAUUUGUGUCGCAGAAGAUGGCAAGUAUGGCUGUGGAACUGAGCAACUUAGCAGGAUGGAAAUGAGAGUGUGGCAAAGCAGUCAGUGCAUAGGGCUCCCAAUGACUGGUGGAAGAACAUGGGCCACGUUGAAGGUCUGUUGUGGAACUCUGAGCACAGCAACUGACUACGACCCUGUUCCUCUCAGUUGCUCAGCAGUCGUUUUUUAGAUGGCCAAUUCAUCGCCUCCCCCUCUACUUUUAGAAUUCUCUUGCACACAAAAGAGGAUAAGCACAUUCCAAGCUGUUACAAACCCAUUUACGGCGGUCUGUGUGUGUGUGUGUGUGUGUGUGUGUGUGUGUGUGUGAGAGAGAGAGAGAGAGAGAAAGAAAGAGAGAGAGAGAAUCUGUAGUAUGGUGUGUGAGAAUCUGGACCACAACAGGAUGGUUGGAGCAGUUAAUUUUAGGAACUAGUUUGUAAUGCAUGGUGUAGAACAGAAACACCCUUCCCUUUUUACGCUAGACAGUCCUUGCAUUGGCAUCUGGUGAUGAGACAGUCGUCUGUCAUGCAGCCAAGUGCCCAGGGCCACUCUGCAAUGUGGCCUCGUUCUCUUUUCCUUCUGCCAAGCCCCUCCCCUGCCUCAUGUGUGUUCUCACGGUUUACAGUGUUCAUUCUUUCCGAAAGGCCGAGGCUUUAUGCCCACGUCACAAUCCCCGCACAAAGGGGCUAUUCAGCCACGCUUGCUGGGAAGCCCCGUAAUUGCUCUUAGAAUUUAUUUAUUGAAAGCUUUUGGUGGUAACUGAUCUACUAACUGGGCCCAAAAUUAGUUUCCCCCAUUUUUAUCUGUCCUACUAUCUACUACACGUCCUGUUUUAACAUGUGCACCAGCACUGGGAAUACCAUACUUGCUUAGUAGCGUUGGGUCAGUCCUGCAACUAUCCCUGCUCCUUAGAGUACCCUGUUACUUUUGGAGUGGCUGUUUCCAUGAAUGCACCGCAGGAUGAAACAACAAACUCUGAUAGAACACUAGGAGUUGAGUAAGAGGCCUCCAGAGGGAGGCUGUCAUCCCAGAGUUAAUUGUUAAGUCCUUUGACUGCUUCAGUACUGCUACAGAAAUGGAAUGGAAAAAUCAUCUGCUUUGAAUCGAAUUUUUUAUUUUUUUUAAAAAUAUACACAUUUGGUGCUUCUUAUUGUAAAGGGUUAUUUUUGUUGUUUUAAUGCUGCUGCUGAAAACCAAAUAUUUCACAUUCUUGGUCACUUAAGUGUUAGAAGAUGAGACAGCAGGAAACAAACAUUUUGUCUCUCUGUAGGCAACUGUUGGAAGAGAAACUUCAAUAGGAAGUGAGAGUGCAGGGACUCAAGAAAUACCAUACUUGCUUAGUGGAGGCAAAGUAUUGUCCUGUUUGUUACCACUGAUUUAUUUUGAAUGUGGACCCCUUGUGCUUUGGCUGCAAACUUCAGCUUUGCCCUUCAACUCAUCAGCUUUCUCAGAAAAUGUCAUGAGGAUUAGAAUAGGCCAUUUAGUUUGUUAGGAGCAGCCUGAGUCCCUUCAGUGCUCAAAGCUGCAGUUGCUGUCUGGCCUAAGGGAUGGGGACAUCUCAUAACCUCUCCUACACAAUAGAUAGGUAGUUAAAAUGCAGUGCAAAUUUGUGUAUUAUGCAACACAUACACACCCAGUGUUAAAAAAACUUGCAAAUAAAAAUGUGAGGUGAUAACAGUGACAAUAUAAGCUUUCCUAGUCCUUCAGUCCCUUCCUAAUUUUAAAAGCAGGUGCGCCCUUAGGAAGAGUAGCUGCAUUAGAAGUCUUAGGCUUCUCUAUUAGGAUAACAGGCUUACACUUGGAAAGAAAGUGGAUGUAUAUCUGAGCUAAGCAAGAGCUGAGCCACAUCUGCCUUUCCUCCAUUCUUUACAGGACACCCUUCUUCUUCUUUUUGCACCAGUGCUUUCCCUGGGAAACCCUGCUCUUUAGCAACCUGAGUUUGUUUGCUCCGAUUGAGCACUAAAGAGCAGUUUUCUGCAGGGAAAGCUACAGGGCAAAAACCCAAACAGCCAGACACAGAGCUUUUUAAGUGCAGACCUGUGCCUGGAAAGAGUGGGGCAAAAGGCAAGUGUGGAUAAUCCCCAAGAGAAGUUGUAGCUGGUGUUUCAAAGCCAGACAUAUGCUACUUAAGGGCAUUUCCCCUCCUGCACCUGCAAAGAGGAUGUGCUUGGGCAGAGCAGUGCCAUUGGUGGGUCCUGAUUAGGAUCUCAGCAGUAUUCUCUUCUCUUUAGUUCCAAGUAACAUGGCCCAUAAGUGAUGUAUCAUGAAGCUUCCCCAAGCAGGAGUGGACAAGACUGCCCAGGCAGCAAAUGCUGGGACAAUGUAGACAUUUUUGCAGCGCGUGAGGACAUAGCCACUGAAAGAUAGCACAGAGCCAUAUUACAAUAUUACAGUGAAUGAUCUACUAUAGGUUUUAUCAUCUCAUGUGUCCCUCUUAAGACACAUGCAUGGCCAGGAGACCCCUCUCUCCCCUACUUCUUAAGGCCAGGGCUGGGCACCUGUGGCCUUGCAGAUGUUGCUGACCUUCCAUCAGGCCCAGCCACUAUGGCCAAGGAUUAAGGAUAACGAGAGCUGUCCAGUAACAUCUGGAGGGCCAAAGGUUCUCCUUCCCUGCUUCAGACAGUAGCAGUUGUAUUAAUACAUCUUCAUUGAACCAAGCCCUGUAGGUUUUUCAACUGGAGUAAAAUGACAUUUCUCCUAGAAUGAGCCUAGCAGCUAAUGGUUUUGAAUGGAGUCCAGAUCCUGUUUUAAUAAGCUACACCUGAAUGUAAAGGUUUGUUGCAUCCCUGAAUGAGGCCUUGAAACUGGUCUUCUCUGGCAGUUCCUAUUCAACCUACCUGCUUGGAUUUUCAGCCUGGGUUCAAGCAAACAUGCUUUUGCUAUCGGGGAGAUGAAGCUUGAGAAGCAAGUAGAUCUGAAUGUGAUUGCUAACAGAUUCUUUGCUUUGACACUUCAUGCUCACUUGGUGGCAGCUGCAUAAAUCUUGUUGGGGUGUUUUGACCAACACAGAGAGGAGGUCUUAGUGUUGAUUUCAGUGGAACAGAUACCAAAGGGGUCGUCCUGACUAUUAGCAUCUCCACUGGCAAGAUGUACAUCCAUUAGGGUAGCCCGAGAUGUUUAUGGGAGGGUCUACAAAACUUACGAUCUUCUGCCAUAGGUAAAAGAGAAGGGCCCAUAUUUCUUGCCUUAUACUAGAAGAAUGUCAUUGUGUUUGACCUGCCUGAUGUCUAAAAUACCUGCAUACUCAGUUCAGGCUCUUCUAUAAAGGCCUUGAUUCUCAGUUUCCACCAGGAGUAGAGCUUUUACCCGCCCCCCCAAAUAACUGUUUGAAAACAUGUUUUGUGUUAAUGAAAUGUCUAAUUUCAAAUCUAGGGAAACAGUAACAAUGACAGCCAGUGCAUGUCAGCUUCUACUGGUAGACACGACAGAGCAACUCCUAGGUUAGUGUAAUAGUCUGUUUCAGGCAAUACAUAGGGGAGGAGAGAGAAUCCUAGAACUGUAGAGUUGGAAGGAACCCUGUGGGUCAUUAGCCCCCUCCUCUCUGGUCCUUUGUGUUUUUUCCUUGUUUUUCCGCAUCAGUUAUCUGAAGCAGCAAUGUUACACAAUGAACAAACUGACAGGUGCUUCCUACAAUCUAGCAUUGGUUCUAUCAGGCUGACACUGUACUUUGCACAGAUGUGUGAACCACUGCUGGGUGCUGCCCAAUGUACUUAAAUAAAGUUGUUAAUAUACAAUG